CGGUUUUGUCAGUGUCAACAUCGACAAGCAAGACAGUUUGUGUUUUGCUAUUUGUCAAUCUUGUCUUGUAUGGUGACAACGACAACAAGCGAGUUUCCGCUGUUUAGUGUUUGUAGUGCGCGGCGUUUUUCGCGGAGCUUUUUUGGAAGUUAUUACCCACCCUAUGCCAAUGUUUCUGCCCGCUUGGGGCGUCUCUGACCCGCUUAAAUCAGUUAUCUCUGGUUGGCAGUUUCAAAGCAUCUGCAUUCCACCGUGAAAUGGACCAGAGUUUGCUGCAGCAACCUUAAAAGCCCAAACCGUAGUGUUUAUGCAAUAACAACAUAUUGGGGGCCUAGUUCAAGAGGUUCGAAUUAUGUGCGAUCAGACCGUUCAGUUAGUGUGGUUAUUGCAUUCGCCGUUCCGAAGUUAAUGCUGCCGCCCCCAUAAAAAACGGACGCAAUGCUUGUUCCGGCUUCCGCUGUUAUAGCCAAACAGUCGAGUUUUUCGGACGAUUAUGCGUUUGCCCAGCAUAAACAAUGACCAAAACAUAGGUCGAGUUGUGCCGAAAAUGAACGACAAUUUCCAGUAUGAAAGCGACGCAAAGUUAAUCGAUUCCCGAGAUUGUUUAACGUACGAUAAUCAGACUGGUGCGUACACAAAUUCGCCGUUUGAAUUUGACGAUUUUACGGACGAGAGGGUUUAUGGCAAUUACGCAGAAAAUGCGGAGGUGAGCUCAUCUGACGCCAGCUGUCAACCGAUCGAAAGUGAGGUUAAGUCGUUGAAAGACUGGCUAAUUUUGCACAACGAUUUGAUUCAGCAGCAAAACGAGGAAAUUCUGGAAAAGGAGCAUCGAAUCUACGUGCUUCAGCGGGAAAAUGAAAUGCUCAAGGAGCGUCUUUUGUGCAUAGAGAAAGGAGUUCCUUAUCAGCCAGAGCAGCAGCCGAUCGUCGUCGAUCUAGAAAACGCGAUUCCAAGCAGUCCUGCGGAAGAUAUGACCCAAGAUUCAUGCACCAAAUACGAUCAAGAAAGCAAAGAAGACGGAGUUUCUUCGCUAUUAGGUGAGGAUGUGUUGAGCCGGUCUCUGGAAGCAACCAACCACCAAUCAAAUCCUGUUCUGGACGAGGCUGAAUCUCAAACAAGCAUAAAUACGAACGAGAAGACGCUGGCAAAUGAAAGCGAAUUGAAAAUUGAAGACUGUAUCGGUACUGAUCUGAGUGACAGUUUUCGAACGGAAAGUGAUCCUACUGAGUGCGGCAAAGACUCGUUGUCCGAAUACAACUUUACAGUGAACAACUUUUGCGAGUUAGAUCCGAUGAAAAACAUUAGAAUGAGCAUCAGGCGGAAACGGAUCAGCAGCUCGUCAGUUUUAUCCCAAGACGACCAACCAAUGUUGGACGAGAGCAAAACGUUAAUGCGAGCGAAAAAGAUACGCCUUCGUGUGGGAAAAGAUAGUCAAAUACUGUCCACCAAUGAACCCUACUGCGUUUGCCAAGCAAAUGAGGAUGUCGCCAACGCUGAACCGGAGGCAGACAGUCAGGGCCGAAGUGCAAACUUGGAGGUGCCUAGAUGGCGUGUCAAAGUCUUUACCAGCUGCUACACGAUGGAGGGCACAGAGAACUUGGACGACGAAGUGUACAACAAGCGGCACUUGAGGCUCGAGAUUGAUGAGCGAAGAAGAAAAAGAUGGGAUGUUCAGCGAAUCAGAGAACAGAGAGUGAUUGACAAAUUAAAGCAGCGGCAAGAACGAAUAGCCAAUAACGGUUCCAAAGGGGAAAACGACCAGGAUUUGUUGUACACCUUGUGGCCGAAAAUGGACGAUGUAAAAUACGUGGAAAUGGUUGACGAACUGCCAGUUUCUGCGUUCGGACAUCCAAUUCCGCAGGUUUUCCUGAAAGUUGGCAACUUUUGUUUACCGUGGCUGAACAAUCCGGCUGUACUAACGAGACGAUCCAGCUCGAAGCGAUGUACAGUCCUUGGACGGAAACGGUCACGGAACCGAAGGUAGAAGUCGUAUUAUUUGAGGAGCUCGACUCGAUACUGUUAGCAAAACUUGCAGACACUAAUUCAGUCACUGUAUGCCGGUUUUGCUAAGGCUCCUCAAUUUCCACAAUAGAACGUAAGAGUUUUGAAGUUAUUUUUUUAUUAUGAACAAAGUGUGAAUAGAAUUUACACAGUUUACAUAUACAGUGUGUGUAUAGUUGGGAAAAGUCUGGUUUAUGGUACAAUUAAUUCUACAAAGGAUCCAGCAACUCUCCAAACUAUCGACAAAGUAUCAUUAUUUUUGUUACACGACAGAGAUGUGCAGAAAUUCAUAAUUGCCGUUGCCGCUCUAGAUGCGUAGGAAAAAUGGGAACAAAUUUAGCUGCUUCUUUCGAAAUAUACAAAGUGGCUCUUUAAGGACGAAGUACAUGUUUUUAUCUGAUUUAUCAGUACGUGAUAAAAUCUUGCAAAACGAGACACAGAGCUCGCACAAAGUAGACGGAUAUGUUCAUUUAACCUGAAAUCCGUGUAAAAUGAGCUAAGGAUUGAAGAAUAAAAGAGGCUUUAAUUAACAAUAUUAUUUUCAAAUGUGAACAAUAAAAAACGUGCCCAAUUUGCUUCAGGGUACCAACACAAAUAUUAAAAAAAUUGGUAUAAAAAUCAGGUCUUACUCUUCUUAUGAGUUUCUCUCUAUCUUACUUACGGUGCGCUCAUUGCGAGUCACCUUGAACCAGGUUAAGCGUAAUUGCAGGUGCAGCGUAGUGAGGAGCGAGUUAUAACGCACAGAGCGACAUCAACUCAACAUAGUGUUGAAACACUUCUAAAGCCAAGAUUGCUUCCGCAUGAAAUUAUAGUCAAAGAAUUAAACUACAAAUGAAAAAAAAUUAGUUGAGAUCGGAUAAUUGGUAUUAAAGUUAUAAUACUUUGAAUUUAUGAAAAAACCCUCGUCCGCCACUAUUCUUUGGAAUGAGUGUCGUUUUGCUGGGUCCUUCGGAAAUAAUAAUAAAAGACCUGCGAUUUUCCGAUUAAAACAGACUAUUCUCUCUCGCCUAUAGAGCUAUUUCAGUUUUAGUAUUUUUGGCAAAAAAGUGGCUCUCUAUUUUCGUAAGUGUAGUUGUUAGUUUGUAUCCUAUUUAGCUUGCAGAAUCUGUAUAUGCUGAGGAAAUACCGUGCGCAUAGAUCGAAGCUUCACAAACAAUCCCAGUUAAUAUUCCUAGGUAGUUAGGCGUCUUCCAAAACUAAUCGUCGAAGGCUUGCGCGUAAAAGCUGCGAAGUUAUUCGUUACUGUGAUUUUACGUAGGUCUUAUCUUUAGAGUAGUUUAGCACCUAAGUUUCUCAGCCGUGAACAUACUCAGUGUUAGUUAGUAGGUUCUUCACUCAUAAUAUCCCGAUCUUGUGUCAAGGUUGCAACUUACAAAAAAGUUUUAGAGAAAUAUAGUGAAUUUAUUUGAUUACAAA